GUAAUGUCCGACAGCGAUUCGGAUCCGGAGGAGGAGCUGUUCUAUCGCGCCACCCAGCACGUGGCUGGGAAUACCUCCUCCCUGGCCGCCGCAGAUCUGCUUGAGUUCUACGGCUAUUACAAGCAGGCCAUCGACGGACCCUGUACGGAGCCCAGUCCCAGUAUACUUCAUAUGAAGGCGCGAAACAAGUGGCAGGCUUGGCACAAUCUCGGCAAGAUGACCGCCACAGAAGCACGACGGGCGUAUGUCCAGAAGCUGCAGAAACUACAGCCCGAUUGGCGCAAGAAGUCGUCCCGGAAUACAGGAUGGGUGGUGCAUUCCAUUGAGUCGGUACCUCUGGAAGAUCAGCGUCCGGAGAGCGAGAAGACCCUCUUCGACUAUGUCAAGGAGAACAACUUGGCGCGUCUGAGGGAGCUUUUGACGCCGCCAGACAUCCAGGAACUGGACGAGUACGGCAUGGCCCUUAUCCACUGGGCCACUGACCGCAAUGCCGUCGAUAUUAUUGAGUUCCUGGUGAAGAGCGGCGCCAGUGUGAACCAGCGGGAUGCAGAACAACAAACGCCAUUACACUACGCCGCCAGCUGUGGCCACGUGGAGGCCCUGCGCUGCCUGCUGGAUCUCCAUGCCAACCCGACCCUGUGCGACUCCGAAGGACAAACCUGCGUGGACGUGGCCGACGACGAGCAGAUCUGCACUGUGCUCCGCUUAGAAAAGGAUCGCUUGCAGGCAUCCGCGUCGUAACAGCAUCCUAAAAUUAUAGAUCGAUAGAUUCCACUUUCCCCUCUCAAAAACCACUGUAUCAUUAUGUUUGUUUGAACAAAUUUUACCACAAAUUACAAUGUGUAUUACGGGUAAA